CUGUUUCUUAAAUCAUUAUUCUUUAAUGCCAAUUCAGAGAUUAUAUCAAAUCUAAUCCCUAAAAUGGAAGAAGCCAAAAGCCAAAGUAUGGAGGAAGACUUUGAAGGACAGGCUACCCAUACAGGACCCAAAGGAGUAAUAAAUGAUUGGAGAAAGUUUAAAUUAGAGAGUGAAGACAGUGAUUCAGUUCCACCAAGCAAGAAGGAGAUUCUCAGACAACUGUCCUCUCCUCAGAGUAGAGAUGACAAAGACUCAAAAGAAAGAUUCAGCAGAAAGAUGAGCAUUCAAGAGUAUGAACUAAUCCACCAAGACAAAGAGGAUGAAAAUUGCCUUCGUAAAUACCGGAGACAGUGUAUGCAGGAUAUGCACCAGAAGCUGAGUUUUGGGCCUAGAUAUGGGUUUGUGUAUGAGCUAGAAACUGGGGAGCAAUUCCUGGAAACCAUUGAAAAGGAGCAGAAAAUCACCACAAUUAUUGUUCACAUUUAUGAAGAUGGCAUUAAGGGCUGUGAUGCUCUAAACAAUAGCUUUACAUGCCUUGCAGCUGAAUACCCUAUGGUGAAGUUUUGUAAGAUAAAAGCUUCUAAUACAGGUGCUGGGGACCGCUUUUCCUCAGAUGUACUCCCCACACUGCUCGUCUACAAAGGUGGGGAACUCAUAAGCAAUUUUAUUAGUGUUUCUGAACAGUUUGCAGAAGAAUUUUUUGCUGGGGAUGUGGAGUCUUUCCUAAAUGAAUAUGGCUUACUACCUGAAAGAGAGAUACAUGCCCUAGAUCAGACCAACAUGGAGGAAGAUACUGAAUAAAGAGUCACUAUGUCAACAUCUCAUAUUUUUCUUUUACAAGUUGAGCACUGGUUUUCAUAGUACCCAUAUUCCUUUAGAGAACACCAAGUAUGGCCAUGGCUAUUUUAAUUUGUGGGGGGAAAAAGAU